GUGCCUUGAUCAGUAGUGUGAAAAUGGAUGUGGGAGGGAAGAGAAAGGAAAAUGUGUCAGUACAGUUUGGGAGAUACUAAAAUAGCUAAAGGAGCUGAAGUGCAGAGCCUGGGACUAGCUGAGUAUAGAGCUGAGAGCGAGAAGCAGUGUGGCUGUGUGGGAGGCUUGGAAGAAGGAAAGACAGAUCUGAUGAGCUGGGUUCGGAAGUGUGGGGGGCUGUGAGGCUGACUGAGGAGACUAAGGGAGGAGUCUGGCAGUGGGAGCCAGCAAAGAGCUGGCUUGUGCAUGGGGAAGACUGAACAGCAGAAUCCGCAUGAGCUUGGAUGGGCAUUUGGGAAGGUGGAAAACAGGAUUUGCUGGGCAAGCUGCCUGGAAAUAAUACAAGGAUGGCUUUUGGAGGUUGCUUUUAGGUGAUUUUCAUCACUGAAGACCUUGCAUUACACAGAACUCCGUACUGGGGUGCCCCAUCAGGAAACAUCUUCAGAAGAAGCCUUUGGACUUCACCUUCAGAAAGGCAGAUUUCCACUUUAGAGUUCAUGUCAUCCUCCUUCCUGUGAAAAUAAUAUGAACCAGAAGGUGUUAAUUUUCCUUCUCCCAAAUUUUAUUUUUGGGAUACUUCUUUUUGGCUUUUUUUGUAAGAGACAAAAACCCCUAACAGGUGUUUUUCCUGAUCCCACUGAAGACUGGCUGGCAAUUCAGAAUGAUCGCAAAAGCACACUGGCUUCUCUCUGCCUAAAGAACGGCCUUCUCAAAUUAAGAAGUAAAUUGGAUUCUCAUGUCGCAAGCCAGCUCUUUGUGGAGCACAAACAUAAAUUUAUCUACUGUGAGGUGCCCAAGGUAGGCUGCUCCAACUGGAAGAGAACUAUUUUUCUUCUCCAAGCAAACUUAAAUGCUGAAGCUUCUGAAAUUGAGCAUGACCACAUCCACCAAACCUCGCUGAUCAAGAAGCUGGUGGCGUACCCUCCUGCCAUACAAAAAGAAUUUUUGGGCAACUACACCAAAGUGAUGUUCACCAGACAUCCCUUGGAACGCCUGGUUUCAGCUUACAGAGACAAACUUCUGCACUCUGAGCCAUUCUACAGUGUCACUGUGGCUAACGAGAUUAGGGCAAUGUUCAGGAAAGACAAAAAUUCAUCUGAAAAAGUGAGUUUUCAGGAGUUUGUCAAUUUCAUUGUAGCAAAACCACCAAAUAGUCUUGACAUUCACUGGAAACCGAUGUUUCUGCUCUGUGAUCCUUGCAACAUUCACUAUGAUAUUCUGGGUAAGUAUGAAACUCUUAGGUUAGAUUCUGAGCAUGUUCUGAAGGUCAUUGGAGCACCAAAGAGCCUGCACUUCCCCAACUUGAAGAGGUAUGGCUCAGAGAAACGAACUAAUGGUGAUAUCACCUUGGAGUACCUCAGACAGUUGAACUCAGAACAAAUUGAGAAGAUCAAAAAAUUGUAUCAAAUGGAUUUUUUCUUGUUCAACUAUACUAUGGACUAUGAGGAUUAUUUUUCCCUGAAUGACUAAUGUAGGUUAAACAAAGAACAGUUUCCUCUGUACAAAAUGGGCUGAACCUGUCCUCACAGGUGCUUGAUACGUGGAUUGUCGACUGACUGCUGCUGAGAUUCUACUGGUGUUUGGGGAUGUGGUUAAUCAUCCUAAGCACUCUUAUAACAAAUCCCUGACAUGAUCUGUUGUACUGUACAGUACUUUACCUAUAUGAAAUGAUUGUCUUCCUGUUGAUCAUUAAUGGCAUAUGUUUGUUUCAUGAAGACUGUUUAUAAAUAAUAGAUUUUUGCCUGUUGGUAAGAGGGGAAGGAUGGAGAGUGUUGUUUUCCACAGCAAAUAUUUUUAGGACAUAAUUUUUUUACAUUAAGGACUUCAAUUUUUUAUUAGAAAAAGACAUAAGAAGCAAUAAAUUAUCUUCUUUAGAGUCAAACCACUUGUUGUCUGCGAGAGCCUCAAUCAUGAAUCCUGUAGAAAAGAAGCAAAUAACUUCAGAUGCUUGAAGCUGCAUUGCAUGGAAUUCAAUGUCUGAUUAUAUUCCCUUUUAGCAGUGCUGUCACCACAGCCCACCAGCCUCAUCUCUCAAGCAGCUUGGUUGGCAAAAAUCCAGCCAGGAUUUCCCUUUUAUAUCUUCAAAAUCUUCUGAUGAGCAGCAGGUCUGGUGUUCCUGGUGAUUUGCACUCUUUUCACCAUCUUUGUGAGCAUUAUGGUCUGAUUUAAGAGGGAAAGCCUGAAAAAUUUAUCUUUUCUUUUGAGAAGUAGGUAGAUGUACCCCUAAACUGUACCACUGAGGUGGUGCAGGAUUUAAACCCUCAGUGGAAAGGUGACUCUUACCUAUUCUCCAAAAGCACUUACUACCCAGUCAACCGGCUGGGCAGUCAGCACAGGCAGGACAAUGUUUGGGCUUUCCCCAUUUGUGCCUGCUGGACCCCAUGAGCCCUUGGGACUGGUCUGAGCAUGGCAGUUAGGUGGAUCUCGGUAACUUCAGGUAAUACAUUUGUUCUGCCUGCUGCUUUCUCACCUCACAGGAGAUCGAGUGCAAAGAAACUGAUUGUAGUAUUAUGGUGAGGGGGGCAAUGAAACGUGUGAGAAGCAACUCAAGCUAUUAUCCACUUCUUAUAUUCCUACGUGGCUUUAAUUUUAGAUCUGUAAGUGCUAUUAAAUACAAGGCUUACUCCAUUUUUUGAAAAUCUACUGCCUGGUCACAUUGGAAAUUAAUUUGUGACCAUAUUAAUCAGUUUUAGAAACCAAUAAUGAGUAUUAGCAUCAACUUUAGGGGAUGUCAGUCUCUCAGGAGCCAUCUUGAAAAUCUCUCAAAUGCACUUAGUUCCUAUCAGCUCUAUCUGCACAUGUACAAAGGCUGGCAGACAAGUCUUGGAUCCAGAGUUGGCUCACAGCUUCUCAAUACAUAGAAAAUGACAGGGACAAAACAGCUUAAUGACACUGCAGCCACCAAUCUGUACAGCCUUUGCUGCCAGCAGCAUGGCCAAGGGAGAGGGAAAAGGAGGCUGAUAAAAAUGGAUGCAAAGAGACUUGAGUCAUGAGGGCUGUGAAGACAGCGUCCAGCACAGGGUGGUCUAUCUCAGAGGGAAGAUGCAGUGAUAUAUUGAACAUCAGCUGGAGACACGUAUGGGACCAUAGUGUCAGGAAGAAGCAUAGGAAGAAGCUUGCUACAUCCCUUCUUGAUGGCAGAUGGCACACAAAGCCAGGACUACUGUUUGGUACAUCUGGUAGCUCUUGCAUGGCUGACUAUUCCACAAAUGCGGCAGCUUUGGCACAGGGAGAGAUCCAAAGUGAAAAGGCCAAGCAAGAACAGCAAGAAAACAAAAGCUUGUCAUUUCAUGUAACGUGUGAUUUGCAUUCAUGGUUCUGGAUCUUACCCUCCCCACCACCAUAUUUGGUGUCCCGACAGUCCUGUUACCCCCCAGUACUGGACUGCUCGUGCUGCCCUGGCAAUGCUGUAGUUCAUGUGAAUUUCUUUUACUUUUAAAUUAUGCUGAGGCAGAGGAAGCUGGAGAUGAUUCCCAUCAGAGCUAAGGCUAUGCAGAGGGAUGCAGUCUCUCUCCCCCCUUCUCCCCUGAAUCAGAGUCAUCUCCAGCUACCUGCUUCUCCUGCUUUCUUUGUCAGAUCAUGCAGAGGAAGAGAGGAAUAAGAUUUGCUUCAUAACUUCCUUCUACAUGACACAUCCCUCGAGAACUAUAUCUAAAGAUGUAAAUAUAUCUAAAGCUACUUUAAUUUUCUGGCAGCAGCAGAAAGCCUAGAAAAACUGAAGAAAUGAUACUGACAGUUUGAUUAGUGUCUUUGUUAUCAGCACUUGAGUAGUUAACACUCCCCUCUAGUUUCUUGCUGUUAGAUGGAAGCUGCUUUCUAUUCUUAAUUCCUCUUUCACACAGGAUCUCAGGCUCUUCCUGCAGUGCUGACAGAAAACGGAUGGCUAAUUCAUUCAUCACAAGCACUAGUCAGUAACAGAGGCUAUUGGUGCAGAAAAAUCUCUGUAACUAUUCACAACAGACUUUCAGAUUUGACAUUUGCCUACAGGAAACUGUAAGUAGCACAUUGCCUGGAACCACUGGCUGUUGUAAUGCUGUUAACUAGUUUGGAUCUCAACAAAAGAAACCUGCAGAAGAUGUGUGUGCAUGUGUGCACAUAUAACAACAGUUUUAGGGAGCAAACUGAUAUAAGUUGUACAUUACCAAUGCUAACAAAGUGAGAGUAACAGGUUGAUAUCUGUUGGAAAACAGAAAAAAAUGGACAUUACUUCAUAAAAGAUAUGUAACAUUCCCAUGUAGGCAUCUUUUAAUUCUCAAGCCAUCUACCACAUUUCCA